AUGCCUGAAGAGGUUGAGAAUGGCCCUUCUGCUUGGAGCGAUGAGGACACGAUCAAAAUCAUGCUCGCAACGGACAAUCACAUAGGCUAUCUUGAGCGUGAUCCGGUCAGAGGUCGAGACUCCUUCAAUACGUUUGAAGAAAUACUUCAGCUUGCAGUCAAGCAUGAAGUAGACUUCGUGCUUCUUGCAGGCGACCUGUUUCAUGAGAACAGGCCUUCGAGAGACUGUAUAUAUCGUGUCAUUGCACUGUUGAGAGAACACACUCUGGGAGAUAGACCUGUGCAGGUCGAAUUGCUCAGUGACCCAGACGAAGGGAAAGCUACAGGCUUCACUUUCCCUGCUGUGAACUACGAGGAUCCGAAUUUCAAUGUCGGCAUUCCUGUCUUUUCGAUUCAUGGUAACCACGAUGACCCUCAAGGAGCAGGGCCUGAAGGAGCUCUUUGUGCAUUGGACCUACUUUCCGUGACCGGCCUGCUCAACUACAUGGGGAAAAUCGACCUUCCUACGACAGAUGCUGAAGCGCAGACUGCAGGUAUAGCUGUUAAACCUGUGCUUCUGAAAAAAGGCGAUACUCGGCUCGGGUUGUACGGUAUUGGCAAUGUCAAGGAUGCUCGAAUGCAUUUUGAGCUACGAAGUAACCGGGUAAGGAUGUUUAUGCCGAGAGACAAGCAAGAGUGGUUCAAUAUCUUGCUGUUGCACCAAAACAGGGUGAAACGAGGUCCUCAGGAAGCAGUUCCCGAAGGCAUGUUUGAUGACAGUAUCAAUCUUGUAGUCUGGGGACAUGAGCAUGACUGCCGCAUUAUACCUGAACCGGUCGCGGGAAAGCAGUAUUACAUUACCCAGCCAGGCUCUUCUGUAGCAACGUCCUUGGCUGAUGGCGAGUCACUUGAAAAACAUGUAGCGUUGCUAAAAAUCCUUGGGACGGAGUUCAAGCUGGAGCCACUCCCUCUACGGACAGUUCGUCCUUUCGUCAUUGACGAGGUCUGUCUCGUUGAAGCAGCUGAGGAAGAAGGUUUCGACGUGACCGAUCAAAUCGAAGUAAGCAAGUUUUUGAAGAGAAAAGUGAACGAACUAAUUGAAAAAGCAAAUUCCCAAUGGGAGGAACGGAAUGCACAAGCGCUGGAGAGAGGCGAGGACGCGCUGCCUGCAAUGUUACCCUUGAUUCGAUUAAAGGUCGACACGACUGACGUAGCAGAAAUGUCAAACCCAAUUCGCUUUGGUCAAGAAUUCCAGGGCCGGAUUGCCAAUCCACGGGACGUCCUUGUCUUCCAUCGAUCCAAAAAGUUUACCUCGAGAUCGAAAGCAAAGAACGACAUUGAUCAACCAGAACUGAGCAUUGAUGACCCUGAUAUGCCCAUCAGCGAAAAGCUGGCUAGAGUGCGCGUGGGUACCCUUGUGAAGGAGUAUCUCGCUGGUCAGGAGAUGCAAUUGCUUGGUGAAGUGGGCAUGGGUGAUGCGAUUCAGUUAUUUGUUGAGAAGGACGAUCCCCAUGCUAUUUCCUCCUAUGUGUCCUCAAAUUUGAGAGCCCUAAUGAAAGGCGUGCAGGCAAAUGGACAAAUUGAAGAGGAAGAGCUGGAUGGUGCCGUACAGGAAGCCCGGAAGAAACAUGAAGAGGAAUACAAGGAAAAACAAAAGGGAGGAACACCUGCAAAAUCGAAGAAGGGUCAGAAGGCUGCGGCAUCUGAUGCCGAGUCAGUCGAUUCAAUGAUGAUGGAUUUGGACGAGGACGAUGAGGAUGAGUUUGAAGAACCAGUUCCUAAGAAAGCGACAAAGACUACCGGUACGAAAGGAAAGAAGACUGCGCCGGCGAAGACUUCGCGUGCAAAGGGGAAAGGCAAGAAGGUAUCGUCUGAUGACGACGAGGAUGAUGACCUCGACAAUGCAGAAGAGGAACCAAAGGCGUCACCGAAGAAAACGAGUCGAGCAGCUGUUCUUAGUCAAACUUCGAACGCGAAAAAGACCACAGCGCGAAAACCAGCUGCAUCACAGUCAGGUGCAAAAUCGAAACAGGGUACUUUGAGCUUUGCGCCUUCUGGAGCUGGAAGAGGUCGAACUGCACGGACCGCGGCCACCGCUGCACGCGGCAGGAUGCAGAAAGUUGUCGAGGUGGAUAGUGAUAGCGAUGACGAUUAAUGGAAACAAACCAUUCCUUGCUCCAUUCAGAUUUUUCUCUCUUCACACUGCAUCUUUCUUUCGUCUUAUCUGUAUCAAGUGUUUUCAAUAUCGCAUAAAUUCUUGCU